CGCAGUUGAUGAAAAACUAUCAUUACACAACAUGAGUAAACAGCGAUGUAAGGCCGUGGAUUCACACAAGGAGAGAGUAUGUCCUAGCCCCUAAUUCCAGCACACGAUGAGUAACGACGGAUCCGAUCCUAGCGACCCGGCCAGGAAAAACUGCGCAUGGCCGGAUGACCCUGGUUCAGGCCCUCCCACGGCGGGCAGCAGAUACUGGCCACAGGAAGUGGGAGAGACCAGCUCGGCUGGGAGUCUGGAUGAGGACAGCUGGACCGACUCCCCGUCGGGGUGGAGGCGGCAGACGGCCGGGGAAGUGGAGGCAGAGGAUUACCACUCGGGCCCGGAGUAUGAUGAUCCCCCCGGGACCUGGAAGAGCGGAGAGGAGAAGGACCAGAAUGGGAAUCACGUCAGCGAUUCCGAGUACACCGGAAGCGAGAGUUUCUACGACGCGGAGGAGAGCGAGAUGGCGUUUUCUGACUGCGAUCAAAACGAUAACCGAUGGUCGGGUUCGGAAAGCGGGAAUAAAGUCGAAGCGGAAGACGCUGUCGAGGAAAACCCUGCGCCUCAGGAACCCCGGGACAACAGUAUUCCUAAAGCCGAGGUCAUCGUCACCAGCCAGAGUGAUGAGACGUUGAAGAUGUACCGGGACUCGAAGCUGUCGCUUCAGAGACCGAACCGCUUCCAUUCCCGCAGACCGAACGGCUCGCGGCAGAAUAAUUCCGGCAAGGGAGACUACGACCCCGGGAAGAUCCGGGUUUCAAAAAGCUGCACCACGGAGUGCGAGAUCCUAAAACCUGGUCUAGAGAACAGCUACCCCUGCCCGGAUAGGUUGAAGUAUUCGAGUUUGUACGAGGAGAUUCUCAGGAGUGAGCAGUUUUUACUUUUUUCCGAUGACGACGACGAUGAUGAUGAUGAUGAGUUAGAUCUAGCGGAGGAUGGCGCGUUAUCGGAGAGCACGGGUUUAGAUAUUGAUAACGAUAACUCGGAUUCGACGUCAACAAACCGAGAAAGCGAGGACAGCGUGGAGGACACCCUGCCUAAAUCUGGGAGCGGUUUACGGGAUGGGGCGGUGCCAGGCACGAGUGAGAACGUGGCAGACGGGCGUGAGAUUGUUGACAAACCCAGCGCCAAUUCUGAGGAACUGAUCCUCAUGCCGUUACCACACAGCUCGUCUACGUUGAUUGAUGCUGACAAAAAUUGUGAGCCCCGCGGGGGUCUAAACACGGGUGAAGGUUUAGCUGAGUCGAAUGAUGUGAAGAUCAACGAGAACAGUGUGGCAACAGAAGACCCGGUCUCACAGCCUAUCUCAGCUCUCCACGAAAGGAGAAGAUCCACCACGAUGUCGUCAAAGCCAGUGGUCGUUGUGAAGCUGCCGGGCAGCGUCAAAGAGGAUGCCGUCUACGACUCGGACACCACCACGGCCAGCUCGUGCAUGGACAAGGGCGACACCAGCGACAGCUACCUGGAGGUCUCCAAAGUCAGCAUUGACCAGCGACACGUCAGCCCAGGCUCGGAGACGGUACCGCCCACCUGUUCUAUAGCCAACCCCUGUGUUCCUAUACCACCCGCAAGCUCCGUGGUUAACGCGUUUCUUGUUAUGGAGGAAAAUCUUUGCGAGCCUCUAGGCAACGUCUUGGAGCAAGUCUACCUUAAGAAAGCACAAGACUCCGGUACCCAGUUGACGGAGGGUAACUCGAAAACUUCUAAUCUCAAGAUGGAUGAUCUGGAAGAUUCAGACCGCGGUCACACGCCGGUUAUAUCCAUCCUCUCCCUCAACGCUGAUAAAGACGUCACGGAGAGCUGCAAGUACCCCAGGAGGGACCACAACGACGUCUACUACGACAACUCCACCGUGACGCUAGUGUCUAGCAUCAACACGGAUGUCUCUUUCUCAAAUUCCGGGCCCAACGAAGGAGAACCGGAUCCGGAAAACGUUGAGAACGAGAUGAACGCGAAUCAUUCGAAAUGCGGGGUUGUGAGCAGUGAUAAGAACAUCACCGUGGAUAGUCUGGCACGGGAUGAGGCGGAGAUCAGCGACUUUCAGCGGGAGAUUCACGUACCCAUGGUGGAAAACGAUACCUCAGCCAUCUCCACAUCGUCGCAUUCUCUCUUUCAAAUCGAUGGCAAGAGUGUCUCGAAAAUAAAGUUUGUCGUGACAAAAGAUCCGGAUCUGUCAUUAAACGAGCUGGUAGUGGAGCGAGGCGAUGGCGAGGAUGUAAAUCUACAAAACACGGGGGUGAAAGGUGUGUCUGUCACCACAGGAAUGGAAGGUGGGUGUGUCACCACCGGGAUGAAAGGUGAAUGUCUCACCGAGGCUAAGAUCACAGAUGAAACUUCUGCAAGUGACGCCGCAUGCACCAUCCAAGAAGAAACAAAUAUCCCCACCGGAGAUGUAGUUACCGAGUUACCAAACUAUGAACUGCAGACGACAGUUCAAAACCCCAUCACCCCGCUCAACAACCAGUACUACAUGUCCUUCCUCACGGAGUUGAGAAACAAAAAACUGGUCAACAAAAAAGUCCGACGACCGCCCCAGAAAUUUUUCAAAGCCCUGCAGGCCAAAAACGUAUCCCGAGUCAGCCUCGAACUGGAAAACAAAUCCUCGACCAGCAUCGCCAAGAUUGACAAGGCGUCCAUGCUUCAGAAGAACUUCCCCAUCGGGCGAGAGGUUCCCCCAGACUGGAAACCCAGACAACAAAGCAACAACUCGCAAACCUCGUCACUCGGGGAAUACACCGUUCAUAAAAGAAGAAAGAAGAAGGACACUUUAUUUAAAACGAAACUCCUGGGGAAGAGCAUCAACAACAACAAGAAGAAAAACUCGGUAUCGGAAGCUUCAAUUCCGGAUAUGAACUCGGAUAUUUUCUGCAGCAAAGCUAGUUCAAUGUCCGACGACUCGUACAGUAUAGACAGCAAACACACAGUAGGCUAUGGGGAGAGAUACAACCCGGAAUCUGAUGAAACGAGUGAAGUAGAGUCCGGUAUAAAAGACGACCUCAAGCACGAUAUCGCGAUGCAAGAUUUCGAGUAUAAACGGAAGUACUACGAGAGGUUGACCCGCGCGAGGAAAAAGAAGAGCAGGGACGGGAAAAAGCACCCGCGGUCUCCGGAGAGAAUGGAGCUGACCUCGCAGGUCAAGUUCCUGAAAACCAUCGAUGACUUCUGCAACGCGGAGGAGUGUGAGAACUGUGAUGAUUCCUGCGAGGGCAGUGUGUCCAGCGUGGGCGAGAAAUCCCUGGACUACAUGGAGUACCACAAGUCCCUGGUCAAAUAUUACUCCGGUAAGAAGACACAGAUCAAUUUAACCAACUGCGACGAUCCAUCCGACAGCUGUUCGGGGAUUCGGAUCCGUCGUGCGUCGAACAACGUGCCGUCCGCUAUAGACCCUGAAAGGCUGAAAUCUCUUGGUCUAGACGACGCGAGCAUGACCCUGCAGUCUAAAAUCGGUAUGUGGAGUUUUAGUACACUGUACGCUCACAAGAAAGGCAUCCACGAAAUCCCGCAUGAGUCGAAUACAAAUUUAAUGCUCAUGGGAACUGAUUUCGAUCAGCAGUACAAUGAAGGAACGACUGCACCGAAAAGUAAAUCUAACACCAAAGCGCAAAAACAAUUGAAAAAUACGGCUCGGAAUAGAAAUAAAGAUAAAAAACAAUCUAAGAUGAAGUCUGCUAAGUCGCCUGCGGUCGAGAAGACGUCGGUGCAGUACGAAUCCGAGAGAAAGAUAACGUACUUAGAUUUUUUACGAUCCGGUUACGCUUUGAAGAUGAACAAAUCGAGCCGGGACCAGACGGCAACAGACUUGGCCAAUGUCAGGCGGGACAGCGUGAACGUUCAGAAAUCAAAGUCCUGCGACGCCUCCUCCAACAAGUCCAUGCAGGCGGUGGUUUGGCCGAAGGAUAUCUCGCCCGUCAACACCACCCUCGGGAAGAAGGCCAAGCUGGUGAGGUUCAACGAGGCGAACACCCCGGAGACCAGCUCCGAGAAGGUUCCGGCGGAGGUCGUGGAGCGGUCGGAGGAGGACACGUGGUGCUACUCCGUCAACGCCAUGCUGCUGAGAGCCAAUCAGGUCAUGGAGAAGCAGAAGAUACGCCACACCGACUACCACUUCCCCAGGCCAGACUCGGCGAAAGUUGUCCCCCCUGUGAUCAAACCCAAAUCGUCGAGUUUUUUGAGCGAGCUACUAGAGCAGGAUCGGGUGGAGCAGAUUAGAGUUAAGGGACUUGAUAAGGGAGUUAAACUGCUUGAUAAAACGUUGACCAAACGGCAAGAGCUAGAGAGAUCACUGUUCAGGGGAGACGAUAAGAGUCUGAGUAAAGAAGGGAGCAGUUCUAAGCAACCAGGGCAGGCAAUAAAACAAGCCUCAAGCUCCGAGCCAUCCACCAGCAACAGCCAAAACACCACCAGUAACUCCAGCAACGUGUUGCCGUUGAUCGACGACAAACACUCCAACGAACCGAAAUCGGCGGCGACGUUGAAAAUCCGGGCAUCCGUGAGCAAGAAAUCCCUCGAGCGCACGAUGCGCAUGCAGCAGCGCGUCUCUACCAGCGCACCCGGUGCUCACGUCUACCACCCGCCGUCGCUGUCCCAGCCUAGCAUCCUGCCCAAGCGUCUUCUGCCGCUGCGGUACUCCAGCCCGUUUGACGCCAUCUCUCAAAUCGGAGAAAACUGGACGCCCGUGCGGAUCCUCAAAGAGAACGUGGCCAAAAAAUUCUCUCACGUGACGCCUGAGAUCCAAUCCAGAAUCCGCAACCGACCAACCGAGACGAGUUCCAGUUUCCUGCUUGACCAGCACUCCGAGACGCUGAGGUACUACCGGUACCCCCACCUCGACCAGAGAGCGUCGUCCAUUGUUCAGAUGUUCGCCGACCAGAACAUCAGUUUCAAUAACAACUGCGACAGCAACGAUAUGCAGAACAACCCCCCAGACGACGACUUCAUCGACGAACUCGACGAGCCGUAUGUGAUAGACAUGAGCCAGGUACCACAUCGAUUGAAUUUCAUGGAUCUGUUCGGACGUCAGGUGUUCCGCACGUUGCAGCCCAUCAACGAAGACCCCGAGUAUGGGGCGGUAGAAUGCCAGUAUGAUCCAGAAAAGUCUGAAACCGCGUCAGAGUCGGGCUCGUCCGAGGCAUCCCAGCACACACCCGCGGAGUCUGGGAGCCACGUAACGGCCGCCACGUCAGAUUUACCCCCCAGAAGCUCGGCGACACCCUCCUCGCGUCGAGAAGCCGGCACCAUCGGAAAUGUCCGGAUACAGUACGGCACUAAGAACGACCCGGAUGCGUUACGCAUGAGCAAUGUCAUCAGUUCUUUAGUGAACCAGCCGAGAAGCAAACGAACGACGCGCAACAGUCUAAUCUCCUCUUCCAACGUGGAGAUCUACCGAGAUCACUCAAAGAUCAACAUCAACACUAUGCACUCCAUGUCGGUGCCAGACUGCACGGAGGAUUAUCAGGCUGUGGAGGGUUCGGAUACCGACACCAUCGACCGGACGUCUUUCCUUCAAGCGUUGCUCGGCUACAAUGCAGACACGCAGAGCGAGGGGUGUACGACAUCCAACGAGCAACCAAGCGAUGUCCGGACGCAAUCCGAUUUUAAAAUUUACGACACCCGGAAGAAAAUCAUUCAAAACAUCGAGCCGGUCGUGAAUACGGCCUACCAGGAAUGGUGGCUGCCGAAUUAUCAAAAGAUUGCAGAAACCAAGCAAGAUUUCCCCCGUCAUGACGAGGUACUUAAACCUGCUGUUCAAGAAGAAAUGAAAUCUCAAGUGGAUUCGGUUUCAGAAGCAUCUAAAAUACCUACCAUUUCAGAACGCACCACGCCAUCACGUUCGAAAUACAAUACCAUCGCAGAGGUUAUUCGGAUGCGGCAAGAGUUACGCCGAAUUCGAAAGCAGCUUGAGAACGACGGGAAGCUCACUCUGGAUGACAGCUCUCUGAUGGUGACGGGAACUCCUCUGACACUCAAUAAAAAACAAUGUCCGGAGAUCUCAGAGAUCUUCGUCAACAAGCCGGAGCCAUUCCUUGAGACGAAUGACAAGCAGACGGGUACUGCCGAGAAGAGAAGAGACGCUCGCCUGUCGUUAUCAGCCGAGUCCGUCUCCUCCGGCUCCAACCUCAUGAAAAUAUCAUGCGACGACGGCACUUCCGCCUCUUCUACUUGCAAACAGAAGGAUACAAAGACAUGCGGGAGAUCGAACAGAAGCAACAUCGGGAAAUCAAACCAAGGGAAAUCUUCCGAACGUCUUCUGCCGUCGAUCAUUAAGGCCAGGAGAUUCAACACGAAGUCAGUAGAGUACCCGGACAACUCACACAUUGACGAGAUCUACAAGGCGAACGUCAGCUCCCACGAUUUGCUGGGGCACGACUUCAAGCGCUACGAGAACGUCAGCUCUCACGAUUUGCUGGGGCACGACUUCAAGCGCUACGAGAACGCGUUCAAAAACUUUGAGCAGGAAAAGUGGCAGCUCCGCGGGAAACAAGGGCGGUCGUUUACAUGGGAGAAGGUCAAGGUCCCUCCCCCUUUUCCAGGAGACGCGGGCAACGCCCACGCCACGCAGUCCUGGAGCGACGUCUUCCGUUCCGCCUCCCAGGCCUCAGGUUACUCCACCCCCUCUUGUUCAAUGAUCAACCUCAAAAGCAUGGUCUUAUCAGCCGAGAAGGAGAUAACCAAUCAUCAACUAGGAGAUUUCACCAGCGAGUCUUUCCCUGAAAUGGCGUCUCAGGAGAUUUGUUUAACGCCGCUGGACAGCCCGGAGCUUGGGGGAAGUCUGGGAUGUGCCCGGAGCGCCAAGCUGAGCGGUAGUGUACACGAGGAGUCGGAAAACUCCCACACCACGGAGAUCAUAGACAGGGUCAGCGGGCAGCAGGAAAAACAGGACAGGAGCAGACUGGUCAAGCAAGGCAGCCAGAACAGCACGUCUUCGGAAAUUACGGAAAUCAACGACGAAACACACGCGGAGAGAAUCAGUUUACAGAAGGCGGAUGACGAAACAGAUGUGCUUCAGGGUGGGGAUAACAAAACUGAAGUCAGUAAAGAAGACACGGAAACGAAAAACGAAAUGUUAACAACUGACACGGAAAAUUGGUUCGGAGAUCAGACCAACGUGCAAAAAUCUGCUUCAGAGUACGAACGCAGUGGGGAUUUGUACCGCAUCAUGGCGAUGAAGUACUUCAAGCAAGCGCAGUUCUACAGCCAUAAACUACCCCAGCGGUUCCAAACGAGGAACAACCUGGACCGUUAUUUCCUGAAGCAGCUGCGUGGUACCGACAUCCUGCAGACGAUAGGGCUGGACAAGCAGCGUCUGCUGGGAUGUCUGGAGAUGGUGACUAGGGCCAUCAGCUACAUCCCAGCCUUCCAGGUGCGGUCACUGAAGCCUGUGGAGAUGAUCCCUGUGGUCAUACAGGUGAGACAGUGCGGGAAGAACGUCUACUACAAGCCGUGGCUGGAUGGCUGUAUCGUCCAGACACUGCCCGUCUUCUGUACACACGACAAGGGCCGGAUGGUCGAGAGAAUUUUCACCGUCGACUCCAUCAAAGAAGGCAUCUACGCUGUGCUCCAAUCCGAAGAACUGGGGCAGGACGAGCCAGGGGCCAAGUUCAAGGGCAAGGGAAUCCAGGCAGCGCGGCUGGUCCUGUACACCCCAAACCUCCCCGCCUCCGCCUUCACGGACAACCAGCUCUACCUGUUCGCUGCCCAGGUCAACAACCGCGAAGAGGCGCAGUCCAUUCUGGUCAACACCUACGACAUCGCGAAAGUCCACGGGUGUUCUAAGUACUUUGAGCUGACUUGCGGAUGGGUGCCACAGUGCAUCGUUAACGCGGAGCGUCAAAGUCGGCUGGAAGAGGAAACGGCGUCUUACGAGAGAGAAUCUAACUUGUGCAUGCAGUGCCAUGAUACUUUUAAACAAUCCGAGAGACCCUUCGUUCGGUUUGAUUUGUCCGUCCCCAAAGCUCAUGGAGAGAACGAUGAACAUAAUCGAUUAGAUAACUCGGCUGUGUACUGUCUAAAAUGCGGAGAUUGUAUCUCGUUUCCGAUUUCACAUGAAGGUGAGAUGAAACAGGAAACGGGUACGAACAUGUUAAUAGUUCGGGAUAAGUUUACCUCCAGAUGGACUAUAAGCAGCAACGGCGUUGCAAUUCCAAGGAACACUUUACCGGAAUGUAGACGGCGGCUGAAGCGGCAGAAGAUAUCUCGCAUGAGGUCUGCGGAACUGCCGAGUUUGACGCCGACUGUGAACCAGACGCCGCAGCAGCAGCGCGGUUCCUACAACGUGCCGGUGGCUGCGGCCAAAAGAAGCGUCGAGUUCCAGAAAAACUUCACGGCUAUGAAGAACAUCACCAUACCCAACCCGUCCCUCGCCACGCCGAAUGUCUUCACUAAAGAAUGGUGGUGGAGGGAGAUCGAGAGCCUACGUCAGCAGGAGAUUGAAGACUUCAACAAGGAAUACACGAUGCUGAAGCAGAUCAUUCAGGAGGACGAGGAGGAGAGGCUCCAACAGCAAAGGCUGCAGCACCAGCAGAGGCUGCAGGAAAUCAAGAAAGAACUUCACCAGCAGAAGGAAAACACGGAAGUCUCCACGGAGGAAGAACAGGGACGGAAUCUAAGUUACGAGGCGUCGAUGGCGCUAACCGAGUCUACGCAAGAAGAACUCAUCAGUAGUAGGACCAACACAAAAAAUAACGAAGACGCGGAUUGUUUCUUGCCUGUGGGUUCGCAAGAUAAAGCGAAGUGGGUGACGAAUUAUGUCCAGUAUCCUACGAGAGUGUGUAAGAAAAGCAACACGGAAAAGAAACCGCAGCCCCAUCGCACUAGUAGAGUCGUAUCACCUAAAGCAGGUAUGGAGAAAGAACUUGUUUACCAUCAUUUCAAAAACACGGCCAAGUUUAAGUCCGCGCGUGAAAGCGCCCCCGCGUGUGCUAUAAAUAAAACCCCCAGCAAGAACUUCAAAACGGAGAAGUGCGCGAAAACCAGGAAAAGAGUCGGCGUGAAACGAAAUCGGCGUCACUCUGACACUGACUCCUCUUCCAGCAGUAGCAGCGUGAGUCUGUCAGAGUCAUCUUCCAGUCUCUCAGACGACGGCUCUGGCGUAGACUCUGAUUAUCUCACCCACCACGCCAAGACUAAAGGUCCCACCAGCAUCGCAGAUAUCUUCAGCCGGACUCUACCCAAGAUGAUCAUCCCCAAGAAACUUCAACGGUUCCGGGAAAUCAAGAAGAAGAAAUUAGAAGAAGAAGCGUUGCAUUUUGUCACCACGGAAGGCAGCGUUACGACGAUGAACUACGCGUUACCCGCUAUACGUUUGAACCGCGAACAAGGGGACGCGAAACACGCCACGAAUCAAAUCUCGGAUACGAUGCUCAGUGAGUACGACAUGUGCGAGGACGCGGACGAGAUGAGAGAACUCUGGAGGCAGUGCUUCCCCGAGGUCAACUUCUUUGCCAGACGCAAGAAGAAGGGUCGCGCUUUCCCCAAGAAGGUGAUAUUGGCUUGAUGCCGUGGUUAGAGAGCAGGUAUAAGGCCACUUGCUCAUGCAAGUUCUGCGGUGUCACACGGUGAUAAGUAAAAACACAGUGUUAUGGCUAUGAUUAGGUUUAGAGUAUUGAGAUAUAGAUCAAUAGAAUCAGGUUAAUACACUUGUAUAUUUUAUGAAGUAUAUGUUAUGUGCAUGUACAAUGUUUUAUCAAAUGUUAGCAUUGCAGCUAUGUAUCAUAACUUGACGGCUGUCGGAUAUAAAAGAAUUUUUACUAAAUAAUACUUUUUUUUCUAUCUAAAUUUCGAGAGAAAUUAAUUUCAAGCAGUUUAUUAGUUUUUUGGAGAAACGUGUACGCUGGUCUCAGCACUAAAAAUUCCUUGAUUGAAAUUUAUUAGUUAACUAAUGAAAACAAUUUUUGAAAAAGUGUCAAGUUUUUUUUUUACCACCUAAUUUUUUUAUUUUAUUUCAGAAUUGUUAUCGAAAUCUGAAAUCAAUAACGCAACGUUUGUUUUUCUUUCUUUUCUAGAAUAUAAAAUUUUUGAAUCACCUUGUAUAUUUUAAUACAAAGAUUGUUCUUACUUACUUAAUAACAGUUAUGCAUUUUCUAGGUAUAAUUAUACUCUUAUAUUUUCAUCUAUUGAA